AUUAAAAAGAACAACCAAAACCGAGGAUCUAUGUCUUGAACGUUUACAAUUUACAUGAUGUGUAUAUCUCAUGGAUGCUCACAUUUAACGUUUUUCUUCUCAACUACUUCUACUUCACCACAUUAUUAAAUACACACGCAAUACAUUUUGUAUCAAUCCAAUCUUAAACAAUAUCCAUGGAGGUGAGGGCAAGAGCUCCCGGAAAAAUCAUCCUCGCCGGAGAACACGCCGUCGUUCACGGAUCAACGGCCGUGGCUGCCUCCAUUGAUCUCUACACUUAUGCAUCUCUGCACUUCCCACCUCUUUCAGCAGAUAAUGACGAUACACUAAAACUUGAACUGAAAGACUUGGAUCUAGAAUUCUCGUGGUCAGUUAAAAAAUUAAAGAAAACAUUUCCUGUAGACAGUGGCUGCAUUCCUUUGUCACCCACAGCUUGCUCACCGGAGAGUUUCAGGAUAAUUGCAGCUCUAGUUAGAGAGCAUAAUAUUCCAGAGGCAAAAAUUGGUCUUGCUGCUGGAGUGACUGCUUUUCUUUGGCUGUAUACCUGUAUAUUAGGAUUUAAGCCAGCAAAGGUCAUUAUAACUUCUGAGCUUCCUCUUGGAUCAGGCCUGGGUUCAUCUGCAUCAUUCUGUGUUUCCUUGUCAGCUGUCUUUAUUGCUCUGUCAGGUACCGUAAAUCUGGAUCUUAACAACAAAGGUUGGUUUACGUUUGGGGAUAAUGAGCUGGACUUGGUGAAUAAAUGGGCAUUUGAAGGUGAAAGGUUAAUCCAUGGGAAGCCAUCAGGGAUAGACAAUACUGUUAGCACAUUUGGAAACAUGAUCAAGUUCAGAUCAGGUGCUUUGACACGCAUCAAGUCAAGCAUGCUGCUUAAAAUGCUAAUAACUAACACAAAAGUAGGGAGGAAUACAAAAGCAUUAGUUGCUAGUGUUGCUGAGAGAAAACUCAGGCAUCCAGAUGCUAUGACUGCUGUGUUUAAUGCUGUUGAUUCCAUUAGCAACAAACUGGCUACUAUAAUUGAAUCCCCUGCUGUCGAUGAAAUUGCCAUAACUGAAAAAGAAGUGAUAUUAGAAGAAUUGAUGGAGAUGAAUCAGGGAUUGCUCCAGUGUAUGGGUGUCAGCCACGCUUCUAUAGAAACUGUUAUCCGAACAACGUUGAAAUAUAAGCUUUCUACAAAAUUGACAGGAGCUGGUGGUGGAGGCUGCGUUCUGACACUGCUGCCCACAAUUUUAUCCAAGACAAUUGUUGACAAGGUAAAAGCUGAGCUAGAGUCGUGUGGAUACCAAUGUUUAACUGCAGCAAUUGGAGGAAAUGGUCUUCAGAUUUGCUUUGGCGGUUCGUCCUGAUUUUCAUAUAUAUAGAGCUCAAUAAAACAUUGUAAGAUGCUUUUUAUUAGUGUUAAAGACAGAUCAAUCUCAUUCUCCGACUUUGAUCUUAAUUUCAUGUUGUUUUCUCUGUA